CAUUAAUACUAUUGCUGUUUUUCUUAAUUAUCCUUCACCCCGCCCGUCAAGGUAGGGCUGGUGCGGGUCGCGCGCGCUCAGCCCGGAGGAGAUUGGCUGGCCCACUCCAGCCGGAAGUGCCCGGCCCGGCUUCCGGUCCGUCGUCUCUUUCCCCCUCUUCCUCCCUUCCUGCUUCCAUCCCUUCCUCCCCCCGCUGCAAAGCGGCGCUCGGUUUCUUGCUGUCUCUCCCUCCCUCCCUCCCUCCCUCCCAAAAUGGCGCCCCUCGACUUGGACAAGUACGUGGAGAUUGCGCGGCUCUGCAAGUACCUGCCCGAGAACGACCUCAAGCGCUUGUGUGACUACGUGUGCGACCUGCUUCUGGAAGAAUCUAAUGUGCAGCCAGUUUCUACACCAGUUACAGUCUGCGGUGACAUACACGGACAGUUUUAUGAUUUAUGUGAAUUAUUCAGAACUGGAGGUCAAGUUCCAGACACAAACUACAUAUUUAUGGGUGAUUUUGUAGACAGAGGUUAUUACAGCCUUGAGACGUUUACUUACCUCCUUGCCCUAAAAGCCAAAUGGCCAGAUCGCAUCACACUGCUGCGUGGAAAUCAUGAAAGCAGGCAGAUAACGCAGGUGUAUGGAUUUUACGAUGAAUGCCAAACCAAAUAUGGAAAUGCAAAUGCCUGGAGAUACUGCACCAAAGUCUUCGACAUGCUGACAGUGGCAGCGUUAAUAGAUGAGCAAAUCCUCUGUGUCCACGGGGGCCUGUCUCCAGAUAUCAAAACGCUGGAUCAGAUCCGAACCAUCGAGCGUAACCAGGAGAUUCCCCACAAAGGAGCAUUUUGCGACCUCGUCUGGUCUGACCCGGAAGAUGUUGACACCUGGGCCAUUAGUCCCAGAGGAGCAGGCUGGCUUUUUGGGGCAAAAGUCACCAAUGAGUUUGUCCACAUCAACAAUCUAAAGUUGAUCUGUCGAGCUCACCAGCUGGUACACGAGGGCUAUAAAUUCAUGUUUGAUGAGAAGCUGGUAACCGUGUGGUCUGCCCCAAACUACUGCUACCGCUGUGGGAAUAUCGCUUCCAUCAUGGUCUUUAAAGAUGUCAAUACCAGAGAACCAAAGCUCUUUCGGGCAGUCCCAGACUCAGAGCGCGUGAUUCCUCCCAGAACGACCACACCAUAUUUCCUCUGAGAAUAUUUUUGUGCCCCUUGUACUGUUUUCUGUGUAACAUACUUUUUAUCAAGCACUUUGCUGCUGAAAUGCUGCCUCUUGCCUUUUUUAUUUUUAAAUUAUCUGAAUGUGUUGUAUAUUGUCUGUAGCGAUGCGUCUCUUUAUUGCCCACAUGUACCUUCUCUUUUGGUCCCAAACAUCUCCCAGACUUGUCAAAGAGUGCUUUGGAAAUCUCUGUCUAAGCACUUCCCUUGCAGUACUUCCCUUGUAGUACUUAAUAAUUUCCUGAGUUUUCUUAAGGGGAAAAUGGCAUUUUCCCUUCAAAUAAAAUAAAAACAGAGCAAGUCAUUAGAACAAGUCUGAUCUCCUUAUUUCAUAUAGGGGCUGUCUUUAAGGAGGCUUUUUGGGGGGAUAAAGUUUUAAGAGAUUUCAGCAGCAAAGAUGUACUUCCUGUGCACAAGCAGAUUUUCAAAGCCCACUUAGUGUACAGAUAUCCAAGAUGUAAACGUGAAUUGUCCUUGUUUAUAUUGUUUUAAGCUGGUAUAAAUAAGUGCUUUAUAAAGCUGCCCCCGAUUAAUUUUUGUUGGGUUUUGUUUUUAUUUUUUAGGAUUCAAACUGAAAUACAAAACCCACUACAGGUAUUUGAAUUUGUACAUUAAAAUAAUUGUUCUGAUUUUUCUCAGAUACCUUGUAUUUUUAAUAAAGUCGUAUCUUGAACUCUGCCUCUAGGUUAAACAUUCAAAAUAAAACCCUACAUUGUGGAUGUGAA